AUGGAUACAAUCAAUAAAGAAACGAAUGAAAAUGAGACCAAUGAAGGAUUGAACAAGACGAAUUCGCUCAAGGAAUUCUAUGCCGCUAGUGAGAUCCUUGUGACUGGAGUAACCGGAUUCGUGGGAAUAGGUCUAUUGGAAAAACCGAUGCGCGUGUGUCCACGCGUUGCUGCCAUUUUCAUACUAAUUCGCCCAAAAACUAACGAAACGAUAGAACAAAGAUUUACGAAGCUUAUAGAUAUUUACGAUAAUAUUAAAGCGAAACAUCCCUCGGUUUUGAGCAAAGUUUACCCCGUGAAAGGUGACGUGAGUCUGCCAGAUUUAGGUCUUUCGCGAGAAGAUGAAAAUCUGUUGUUAGAGAAAGUAAACAUACUGUUUUACGUCGCGGUUACUGUGAGAUUCAACGAGCCGUUGCACGUGGCUGUUAAUGUCAAUAAAAAGGGUACUGCUCGUGUCGUCGAACUUUGAAACGAACUGAUUAGCUUCGUCCACGUCAGCACAGCUUUUAGUAAUGCGAAUCUGCACGACAUUGGGGAAAAAGUUUAUAGCACGAGUUUGAAACCUUCAGAGGCGAUCUAUAUGUGCGACAAAUUCGACAAAACAUCUAUCAACCAAAUUAGCAGAGUGUCACAUACCUAUCAAAACACUCAUACCAUAAGCAAAAAUCUUAAGGACAAUAGGUAUGCACAUACCUGCCCUCUAAUGUGGAUUGACGUCACACCAAGCAUAAUUGGCGCCUCUUUGGAAGAACCAUGUCCUGGUUGGAUACAGAAUAUUUCUGGAUUUACAGGUAGCUUCCUGCUAAUUGGCAGAGGAUUUGCAAGGGCGAUACAAGGUAUGAGAGAUGCCAGAUUGGAUUUAGUGCCAGUCGAUUUCGUAGUCGACACGAUAAUUUGUACUGCAUGGCAUGUCACGUUACAUCGUGAUCGUGAAGUUAAAGUUUACAACUGCACGAGUAACGCACGCCCUUUUAAGUGGGGUCUGAUGAUGGAUGCUAUCGUAAAAUAUAGCAUAAAAAUGCCACUGAACGAUACACUAUGGUACCCAGGUUGUUCGGCCAUAGCUAACAAAUAUAUUUACAACGUUCGGAGUGUAAUUCCGCAUGUUUUGCUUGCGUUCGUCAUAGAUGUCAUUUUAAGACUCCGAGGUAGUAAACCAAUAAUGAUGAAACUUCUAAAAAAUGGCAUUAAGCUAUUCGCAGCGAUAGGAUUCUUCAUCACGCACGAAUGGACGUUCCAAAAGGAUAACUGUUCCAACUUGGCAAGGAAGGUGAAAAUGUUGAACGACAGCGAUAUGGUCAAACUAGAUAGAGGAGAUAUGGAUUGGGAGAAGUUUGUGGCAAUUUACCUGAUGGGAAUUAGGAAAUUUAUUCUGAAACAAGACUUUAAGUCAACAGCCGGACAAUGGUUAUCAAGGUUGUACUGGAUACAUCAGGGCAGCAAAAUAUCCGGUAUAAUAAUUUUACUGUGGAUAAUGUUAUUUGUUGUUUACUGA